AUGAACUCGUCAACGCAGCCCAUCUCUUCUGCGCAGUCGCAACACACACUCUCCUCCGAGACGACAAUGGAGCCCACCAAGGAGCAGCCUGCCGUCCAGGAGACCACCAACCCCGAUGUUUUGCAAAAGGUGCCUACCAGAGACGAUGAAUUAUACAAGCCCAAAACUCUCAAAUUCUGGCUUGUCCUGCUCUCCACAUUUACUUCCAUGUUCUUGGUCGCCCUCGAUCGCACCAUCAUCGCCACGGCCAUUCCUCGAAUCACCGAUGACUUCAAGAGCCAAGCCGACAUUGGUUGGUACGGCUCAGCCUACAUGCUGACUACCGCCGCCUUCCAGCUGCUUUUCGGUCGCAUCUACAGCUUCUAUGAUCUCAAAUGGACAUUUUUAGCCGCCAUUGUUCUCUUUGAGAUUGGCUCCGCCAUCUGUGGUGCCGCACCUUCAUCUACCGUCUUCAUCGUCGGCCGUGCCAUUGCUGGUCUGGGCUCCGCUGGUAUCAUGACCGGUUCCAUGAUGACCAUCAUUCCCUUGGUUCCUCUCCACAAGCGACCCAUGUUCCAAUCCAUGUUUGGUAUGGUCUUUGGUAUUGCUUCUGUUGCCGGCCCCUUGAUUGGUGGCGCCUUCACAGAGAACGCUACCUGGCGCUGGUGUUUCUACAUGAACCUGCCCAUCGGUGCUGUCGCCUUUGUCUUUCUCUACUUCUUCGAAUUCCCCACGACAAAGUUGAUGAAUCUGCCUCAAAAGACAAAGCUCAUUAGACUCGAUCCUGUUGGCACAACCAUCUUUAUCCCUACCAUCGUCAGCCUUCUCCUCGCUCUUCAGUGGGGUGGAUCUACCUAUGCCUGGAGCAACUGGCGCAUCAUUGUCCUCUUUGUCUGCUUUGCCAUUGGCGCCGUCGCCUUUGCCACAGUCCAGUAUAAGAUGCCCCAGUCUGCCUCUCUCCCCUGGCACUUGAUCAAGCAGCGCACCAUGGCUCUCGCAACUUGCUUCAUGCUGUUCCUGUCGGGAGCUAUGAUGAUGCUCGUCUACUACAUUCCCCUUUGGUUCCAAACCACCCAUGGCGUAAACCCUGUCAAGUCUGGUGUCUACACCAUCCCGCUCGUCUUGAGUCUUGUUGUUGCGUCAAUCACAUCUGGAGUCGUAACCCAGAAGAGCGGUUAUUACGUUCCGACCAUGAUUUCUGGUCCUUGCAUCCUGCUCAUUGCCGAGGGCCUGCUCACAACCUUUACUCCCCAGACUGGUUCGCCUCACUGGAUCGGAUACCAGUUUCUCGCCGGCUUUGGUGUCGGUCUUGGCCUUCAGUCGUCUACCCUGGCAGUUCAAGCCACCGUUGACAAGAAGGAUGUUGCUACCGGUAUGGCCAUUUGCUUCUUUGCCCAGCAACUCGGUGGUGCCAUCUUUGUCUCUGUUGGCCAGACCAUUCUCAGCACCAUCCUCGUUUCUCGCCUGUCAGAGAUUCCUGGCCUGGACCCCAAGACUAUUCUCAACACUGGAGCCACACAGCUGCACAAUGUCGUCCCCGCGCAAUAUUUUAGCCUUGUUGUAGACGCCUACAACUUUGCCGUCACCCGCAUCUUCAUUGCCUGCCUGGCCGUCACCGCUGCCCAAUUGCUCUCAUCUCUUGGCAUUGAGUGGAAAUCUAUCAAGCCUGCCCAAGCCAAAGCUGCCGAUCCUGAGGAACAGAAUGAAAUCAAGAAUUAA